AUGGAUAAAGCUCUUCGACCUAGAUCGACCGGAUUCGGAGAGAUCGAAGAGAUAGAAGAUGAAGUUGGAAGACAAUACAACCGUUUCAACAACUUCGAACUAGUCUCCUCCAGCCCAUGCGAUCACCAUUACUUAAUGGAAACGCAGUACCUGUGCACAAAGCUCAUACACAUGCACAGAUUUAGAAAAACGAUGGAGGAGGAAUGCCGCCUCUUGGAGAAGCACAUCCCGAGCUCGAUUUUUGUACGGACCUACAAACACAGGAUCGAUCUUAUGAGGGCAGCUUUCUUCGGUCCACCAGGCAGUGACUAUGAGCAUUGUCUAUUCUUCUUUGACAUAUGCUUUCCCUUAAACUACCCUAGUGUUCCUCCAAACAUCCAUUACCUGUCCUAUGGGCUCGACUGGAACCCGAACCUACGACCCAAUGGGAGGGUUUGCCUCGACCUUGCAGAGACAUGGUACGACCACCUCAAGCAGUUUUGGCCUGGCAGCAAUAGGAAACAAAAGCGGGACUUCAGUGUUUUGCAGUUGCUCCAUGCCAUUCAGAAUUUGAUCUCGUGCCGUUCAGGGCCAUUGGAGAAGCAUAACGCCAAGGCUUUUGCAAGAGCUUGUGAGAAGAUUACUAGGAUUCUGAGGAAACCUCCUGUAGGUUUUGAGUAUUUCGUAGCGGGACACUUCAGGCAAAGGGCUCAUCCAGUCCUGCUCAAAUUCAAGGAACAUGAUUAUGAAGAUGAAUUUAUGAUUGACUUGUUUGUCAGAAUGUUUAAGGUGUUUCAGAGGAAUGGAGCUUAUUGCAAGCACCAUCUAGAUUUCUUAAAAUCAAGAAAUCGGUCACUUGCUGAUGGGGAUCAAUAUUGA